CGCAGUCAGCGUCUUCUGCUGCUCCUACUGACUCUGAUGGGCCCUCUUGUGAUCUAAGCACCAGUUUUGACUUUGAAAUGAAGGAACACUUUGGCAGGGUCUUACAGGAGCUCAACUUAUUCUUUGAUAUCAGUAGAAACGAAUUCACAAGGCCGCCCUCGCCUGAUUUACCCGAGUCCUCGGAGGACCACUCUACCAAAGUGCUGAGUAGCCCUGGACUGGAAUGCUACGUUCACACGUCAACAGCUAUUGAAGACCAGGGCCUGGUGAUGUGUGGACUUGAUCCAGCCGUUUCCUGUCCGGUUAUCAGGAGUGAUGGCGAACAGGAAGUACCUCUCAACAGAAACCUGGAGCAGGAACCAUCGGUGGACACCACAGAGAAGAGCAAAGAGUCCCAGAAGGCGGAGCAGAAAGUUAAAGUUUGGUCUCCAUCCUUCAUGCGUCUGCCUGACUCGGAGCAGCUGAGCCACAGACCACCAGAUCUACCCAGGAGGCUGGAGCCUUUGAGAACGUGCACGCGGCCAAUCAGGGUUGGACUUUCAAAACGAGCCAAGACCAAACAGCUCCACCACGCACAUCCAUACAAAUAAAUACGGAGACCCGGAGGGUGUUGUUUGACCAAAUGAUGUUGUCAGGGUUCUGUUUUGGUUUCAACGUUCAAGAGGUGUGAUGUUGUUGUCUCUGGUUAUUGAACAGGGUUCUGUUGUUGGUUCUGGUUUUCUUCUGUCACAAUGUGGCGUUUGUCACAUUUAGCAGCUGUGGUGGUUGGGCGUGUGUUACCAGCUGAGUAAAGCAGCAGCAGCAGCUUGGUGCUACUUGAAGUAAAAUCU